AUGAAUUCUUUAGCCAUCAAUGAAUAUACGCGAAUUAAGAAUCGCUUUUAUGGUGUUUACUUGCUGCGCAGCGAAAGUUUGGACAGACGUUAUAAGGGUAAAUGUUAUAUAGGGUUUACAGUCAAUCCCAGCCGCCGUAUUCGACAACAUAAUAAGGGGAAAGAUUUCGGAGGCGCUAAAAAAACUAGUAAUAAAGGACCGUGGAAAAUGGUUUUGAUCGUGCAUGGUUUUCCAAAUAACAUAGCAGCUUUACAGUUUGAGUGGGCUUGGCAGCAACCCUCGUUGUCAACACGACUUAAAAACUUCCCCGAACUGAAACGCAAAUUACCCAAAGAGUCCCAUUUUCAACACAACAUUCGUAUAUUAGAUCGGAUGAUAAAUAUAGGUCCCUGGCAGCGACUAGCUCUAGUUAUUCAUUGGCUAGAAAUUAAUUACACAUGCGAUUUCGAGUCUUUAUUUAAGCCUCCGAAGCAUAUGCAAAUUGUUAGAGGGAAUGUUAUUUUAGAAAAGGAUGUCGGAAAAAAAGACAAGGAACGAGCUUUGCAUAAACCUCUUUGGGCUCCUGAAUGUCCUGAAUGUCAUUUAUGUAUGCAACAAAUUAAAGACGUCGAGCGAUCUGUUGGUUGUUUAAACAAUACGUGCAGACUUACCUGUCACAUAAUUUGCCUAUCAAAUCAUAUCCUUUCCUCGGACAACAAUCAGCGCGGACAUUAUAUACCUAUUAUCGGGGAAUGCCCUUUAUGUAACACCAAAUUUUUGUGGAUUGACCUACUACAACACAAACAACGCAAAGGUUGGACCGAAGCUGAAAAAGAUGACAAAUUUGAUGAUUGGAAUAGCGAAAGUGAAAGUGAUUUUGAUAUUUUCGAUACGCAAAAACAAGAACUCUUCCAACUUUCACCUGAAAUAUAUGAGAUAAGCGAUUAA